AUGGCCACAUUAUCCGACCUACCAGCCGAAAUAGUCCACAGGAUAAUCGGGUACAUCAUCCUGCCUGAAUUCGGCGAGGUUUACAAAAGCGAUCAUCCUAAAGUGUUGGACCCCAACGCAAUCGAAGCAGGCCAACGAAAACUAAGACCUCACGAGUUGCUGUAUCCUCUUGGGAGGCCCCUCGGUCAAGCCACACCCGGUGGCUUCUGGUACUUCCGGCAAGAUGUUUCGUCCAAUCCACUCUUGCCGCUCUCAUUAAUCAACCGUACCUUCCAAGCAUGUGCCCAGGAGAUACUCUUCAAGAACGUGCCGCUGAUGAGCAGACGCCGGGCGGGCUUAUUACUCCGGGCGCUUACGCGUUCAUCCUCGGACGAUCAAUUGACCGGUGCGCGUAUGGACAGUUCAGACAAGCCGAACACCCGUGAGGAGUGCGACUCAGAAGAGAUGCGACCGUCGGGAACCAACCCCCAUCCUCACUUGAGCAGGCUGGCCCAACAUGUUCGCACCUUACAACUGAGAUGGCGUGGUCUCCGUUCAAUGCACAACGGAACGAAAGGUGGAUGCUCUUUGUUUUGCGACAUCAUCCGGAGCUGCCCGUUGCUCAAAAAUGUCGCGAUCCAACCUACCUUCUCGAAAGAAUGUAGAGAGCCACUCCUGGACGCCCUCGCGAGUCGACAAUUGAUCAAAGAGUUUGUCAUCCUGCGAGACGACAGCGACAUUGAUGAGCGCAGCUCGACAUUCCAAUGGAGCCUUGAUGACCUGCUUGGCCGAUUGUUCCCGAAAUGGGACUUCCUCGAGACGGUCGAAUUACGCGAGCUUGUUGGUGAGUCGAAGAAGGAGAAGAGCCAGAUUGGGACCGCCCAGAAGCCGAAGCUCAAUUGCGCAAUCCAAUCGAUGAUCUUACAUGAUCCUAAGAUAAACGCGGAUGAGCUCUCGGUGCUGCUGAACAGCUUCCGAGACAGCCUGCGGACUCUUGAAAUCGACGGCCCAUGUUGGGCGAUCGGCCGCGCCGGGAUAUGUCGGAUAUUGAAAGAGUGUACGAACCCGGAGCUAGAAUGCUUAAAACUUUACUGGUGUGUCAACUGCUAUGAGGGCAGGCGCGACUUUGAGGAUCUUGAGUCUGAUGACCCAGAGACCAACCCCGGCCUACUAGAUAUUAUCUUCAAGUCCCCCUCAGCUCUCAGGAAUCUCAAGUCGUUGUCCUUCGCUGGCAAGAUUGCAACACCCAAGUUGUUUGAACGCUUGCCUGAUUCAAUCGUCAAAAUUGCCUGGUCAGGCGACUGUAUAACCCUCUACCAGUUCUCUGAUAUACUCUCGAGCACAAGAGAGGACAAGGAGAUAUUGCCUAACCUCAAGUGUUGCUCAAUCCACAGUUUUGGAUAUGGCACGACUCGGGAAGUGGUCGAGGCAGCGUGUAAAGCCCGAGGGGCAUGUGCACACAUCGAUUUGAUCUCCAACAUUAGAUUCCGGGCCAAUGUCUAUGAUAGGUGA